UGCUUGGUUCGUCACAUUUAGACACACAAAUAUACUCUUCACUCUCUCUCCCUCUCUAAAAUUAAUUAAACUUUUUUUAUACUCAUCAGUCAGUGUUGGUUUUGUUUUGGAAGAACUGAAGAGAAUCGAUCGUCUCUUUCCUUACAAAUGACAAUGAGUGAAGCCAACGGAUCAAAGCAGCAGCAGGUGUUCGAUGUCUCCAUCAAUGUCCCUUCCCAGGUUGUCUCCAAGUGUUACGACGACGAUGGCCGCCUCAAAAGAACUGGAACUGUUUGGACAGCAAGUGCCCACAUAAUAACUGCAGUUAUCGGGUCAGGUGUGCUGUCGUUGGCGUGGGCGACGGCGCAGCUCGGGUGGGUCGCCGGACCGGCGGUCAUGUUCUUAUUCUCCUUCGUCACGUACUACACUUCCUGCCUUCUCGCCACGUGUUACCGGACCGGCGACCCCGUCACCGGAAAGAGGAACUACACUUACAUGGACGCUGUCAGAUCCAAUCUUGGUGGGUUUCAGGUUAAGGUUUGCGGGGCAAUUCAGUACCUGAAUCUUUUCGGAGUAGCCAUUGGCUACACCAUUGCUGCAUCCAUAAGCAUGAUGGCUGUUGAGAGGUCGAAUUGCUUCCACACGAAAGGGGACAACAGCCCCUGCAGAGUUUCAAGCAAUCCUUACAUGAUUGCCUUCGGAGUUGUCGAAAUAAUCUUCUCCCAAAUCCCUGAUUUCGAUCAGAUAUGGUGGCUUUCAAUCGUAGCUGCAAUAAUGUCAUUCACUUACUCCUCCAUCGGAUUGGGCCUCGGAAUCGGAAAAGUUGCAGUCAAUGGCAAAAUCAAGGGAAGUCUAACAGGAAUCAGCGUCGGCACUGUCACAACUUCAGGCUCAGUCUCUGAACUCGACAAGAUCUGGAGAAGCUUCCAGGCUCUUGGCGCCAUAGCUUUUGCUUAUUCUUACUCCCUCGUACUGAUCGAAAUCCAGGACACAAUAAAAUCUCCGCCGUCAGAACACAAAACUAUGAAGAAAGCAACGUUUGUUAGCGUGGCUGUAACGACAGUGUUCUACAUGCUCUGUGGCUGCUUCGGGUACGCCGCGUUCGGCGACCUGUCCCCCGGCAACCUCCUGACAGGAUUCGGAUUCUACAAUCCUUAUUGGCUCCUAGACAUCGCCAAUGUCGCAAUUGUUGUCCACCUCAUUGGCGCGUACCAAGUCUUUUGCCAACCCCUUUUCGCAUUCAUCGAAAAAACAGCCUCCAAUUGGUUUCCCGACAGCAAAUUCAUUACAGCCGAGAUCAUGGUCCCGAUCCCUGGUCUCCGCCCUUACAGGCUCAAUCUUUUCAGGCUCGUUUGGCGAACGAUCUUCGUGAUUAUUACAACGAUCAUUUCAAUGCUCAUGCCGUUUUUCAACGAUGUUGUUGGAAUCCUCGGGGCAUUCGGAUUCUGGCCUCUUACAGUUUACUUCCCUGUGGAGAUGUACAUUGCGCAGAAGAAGAUUCCUAAAUGGACAGCUAAAUGGACUUGUCUCCAAAUCCUUAGUGUCAGCUGUCUUGUUAUAUCCGUCGCCGCCGCCGUCGGGUCCUUCGCCGGAGUUGUGUCGGAUCUUAAGGUUUACAAGCCAUUCAAGACAAGUUAUUGAUCAAUUUGUUUUUGAUCGACAUCGAUUUAGAAGAGUUUUCAAUUUUAAUGUGAUGUUGGGUGUUAACAAAAGCCUAAAAAGGGCUGUCUGUGGAUUUUCACUGUAAGAAUACUCGAUACUGAAUGGUUACAAGUUUAAUUCAUCCC